CUAUGACGUCACUUGGGAUGGUGAAGGAUAAACAAAAGUUGAGGAUUGCGGCGCUGGUAGGCAUUGGGGUCCUUUUCCACCUCCUAGGACGCAUCGUGAAGCCCAGCAGAGAUCAGCAAAAUGAGUCUUUACCCAUCACUCGAGGAUAUGAAGGUGGACCAAAUGGGCAGAGCCCAGGUCCAAAUGAUGAAUGAGGUGAUGAGGGCCAACCAGCAGGCCAUGACCGCCUCUGCCCCCCCCUCCCAUGACCAGUAUGGAGCACCGCCCUACCCCCUCCACCCCCCACAGGCCCCUAAGGGCCUGGAGCACCUGUACCCCACGCUGGAUGACUACAUGGGACUGGAGUUCACGCAGGAGGUCAUCGCUGCCAACAUGCCCGAGUACCUCCCAGUGGCACAGCGACCCCCUAGUGCCGUGGCAGUGCCGGGGGGAUCCUCUGUCAUGCCGUUGGGGGUGGUUGCGCCCAUCUCCGGCUCCUCACCAGGCCUUCAGCGCGCUCAGGUCACCAACGCCAUCAGGGAGGUGACGCUGUGCAAGGACAGUGACGGCAAGGUGGGCAUGAGGGUCAAGGCCAUCAACAAGGGCGUGUUCGUGUGUCUGGUGAAGAAGAACUCGCCGGCAGCCAUGGCGGGCCUGCGGUUCGGUGACCAGGUGUUGCAGGUCAAUGGGGUCACAGUGGCCGGCUUCUCCAUGGAAAAGGUGCACGACCACCUCAAGAAGUCCCCGGCCAAUGGGAUAAAGCUGGCCGUGCGCGACAGGCCCUUCGAGCGGACCGUCACCCUGCACAAGGACAGCUCAGGACACAUCGGCUUCCAGUUCCGCGACGGUGAAAUCACGGCGCUCGUCAAGGACUCCUCAGCUGCUCGCAACGGCCUGCUCACCGAACACAACUUGCUGGAGGUGAAUGGACAGAACGUGGUGGGCGUGAAGGACAAGGAGAUCACGGCGCUGAUCAACGAGUGUGGACAGGUGGUCACCGUCACCGUCAUGCCGGCCUUUGUCUACAAGCACAUGAUGAAGCAUAUGGCCUCCUCCCUCGUCAAGUUCAUGGACCACUCCGUACCAGACCUGUAAAGCCACCACCCCCGCCACAAGUACACCCAAUCAUGCAUAUAUACCUGUACUACACAUAUCCACACACACACACACACACACACACGCACACACACACAGGCUGUACACUCAUUAGUUGCAACUGUGUCAUAUACGUACAGACUUCUCCUUCCUCAUUAAGUCUGUGUAACUCUUUGUCUAUAGCAGUAUCCAUGUCCACACACACACACACACACACACACACACACACACACACACACACACACACACACACCUAAUGUAAGAUAAUGAAAAGAAUACUGGUUUAACUUUCAUGCAUGUCUGUGGAGGAUGUGAAAGAGGGAAGGAAGGAAGGAUCAAAAGGAGAGAAGGAAGGAAGUGCUGAAGGAGGGAAGAAAGGAAGGAAGGAAGGAGGGAAGAAAGCAAGUAUGAAAUGAGGGAAGGAAGGAAGGAUAGAAGAAAAGAAAGAAGAAAAAUUUUAAGGAUUGUUACGAGGAAAGAGCAGAGGAGGAAUGACCACUUGAGUUCCUCCGGUCACCCACACUUAGAGGUCACAAUGCCCGUUGAUUAGUUUAUCCUCUUUUACUUGUUAUACCGAGUUGCCAACCAUCAUCUUCUGUGUAUAUAUAACCCACUGUAUGUAUUUUUAAGAGAUUCUACUGUGUGUAUGGUUUGGCAGCCGAAGUUUUUGCCAUUGUUAGAUUUUAGUAUAUAUCAUGUUAACGGCCAGUCAGUGUAUAAGAGGAGCCGGGGGUGGAGGCCGAGCGGAGGUGACGGCGGCUCCCUGUAAAGGCCUUAGGGAAGCAGCGGUGUGAAGAGGAGGCAGAGUUUUCUAAUUUAUUAAAGAUUUUCCCUAAGACAUAACCUGUUCAUGUAUUUCUCAUUUUUUUGAUCUGUACUGUACAUAUGCAGACGUUGAUACACACACACACACACACACACACACACAUACAUUAUUCAGACGUAAGAAUUGAUUUGCUUUGCUGAAUGAAAUCGUGUGUGCAAAAAAGUAUACACAAGAUUCUGAAAUAUACAUGAUCACACACACACACACACACACACACACACACACACACACACACAUUUUUAGACGUAAGAAUUGAUUUGCUUUGCUGAAUGAAGUCAUGUGUGCAAAAAAGUAUACACAAGAUUCUGGGAUAUACAUGAUCACACAGACACACACAUAUAUGCCACAGCCUUGCAUGUUUCUUCUGUAUAUCCACACCACCAGACCAACAGCUGUUUCCCAUACAUAGCGCGUAAGAAACAUGUAUUGUUAUCAUAUUCUACUCUAAGCAGUAUAUGACGCGAGUGUUGCUUGGCUUUUGUGUUGAUUUUAUUAGCGAGAACAGUGUUGCUUGGGUAGCCGUAAGCAAAACUGGUGAGACAAAAUAUUAACCUUGGUGUGAAAAGGAAUACUAACAAUAGGAGGGUAAUACAGGACACCAUAUGAAGGGAGGAAGGGAGGGUGGUUAGCAGGAGGAAAGGAAAGUUGUUGGCAGGAGGGAGAGGAAAAGGAGUAAAAAACAACAGGGAACUUCGGUGUGAAAAAGAAUACUAACAAUAGGAGAGUAAAACAGGAGACCAGAUGAAGGUAGGAAAUGGGGAUGGUUAGCAGGAGUAAAGGAAAGGGAGGAAAGGAAAGUGGUUGGCAGGAGGGAGAGGAAAAGGAGCAAAAAACAACAGGGAACUAGGUGUGAAAAAGAAUACUAACAAUAGGAGGGUUUAACGACAUCAGAUGGACGGAGGAAAGGAGGGUAGUUAGCAGGAGUAAAGGAAAGGAAAGUGGUUUGCAGGACUGAAGGAAAGGAAAAGGAGCAAAAAACGAGAGGGCAUGGGAGCGGAGCAUGGAUAGGAUGGGCAUUAGUCACGGGAGGGAAGGAGGAAGGAGAGAGUGGUUAGCAGGGGUAAAGGAAAGGGAGGAAAAGAAGGUGGUUGGCAGGAAGGAAAGGAAAAGUAGCAAUAAACAACAGGGAAUCAGAGUGGAGUAUGGAUAGGAUAGGAGGUCAGGGGAGGGAAGGAGGAAUUAGAGAGUGCCAUGACAAGGGGAGGGAGGAGUUGGAUUAAUGGUGUCUGCUGCUGAUCCAAACCUUCGUCCAUUCUGUUCUUCAUCGGCUAAAAUUUCUCUUAUUAGGCACCUUUUAUCCUUGGGUCUAAGCUAGGUAAGUAGAAUAAUACCAAACCUUCUCUUCCUUGUAUAAGAAAGUUAGGGGACCAGGAUUUUAAGGGGAUGUUUAAUUCUACUCAGGAUAAAAAAAGGAGGGGAAUGAAUGUGUAUCUUUAGUCGGGGAAGUUGCGAGAAAUCCAUAGAAAAAAAAGAUAAAGAUAGUUGAUUAAUAGGUUUGUUUCUUUGUGUGUGUGUGUGUGUAAUUUUUUUUUCUUAUAUAGUUUAGUGGAUCUUGAGGUCACAGCAGCUCCGGAAAUAAUACUAGUUUGAUUUGACGAUGAUCAGGACAUUAGGCUGUAGUAUUUUUCUCUAUUCAAGUAAGUAUGCAUUGAUUAUCCCCUGAAAGAAAAAUGUCCUUAGUAAGUAUAUUUAAACUACCCUAAUACCCUUUGCCAUUACCUUUCUCAUUUAGCGCUAGCAAGAUAAGGAAAAAUGUGUGAUAAAAAAACUAUUACAUUAUCCCCGAAAUCUUCCAAGUCUAGAAUGAUUGUGAUUAUAAAAGGUGAUCAUAUGAUUCUAGGAUGACUUAGACUAUGGUAGCAAGUGGUGGUUGCAGCGAGGGGGGCAGCGCUGUGUGGUAGUUGGAUAUGAUGACAGUAGGAUGGUUUGGGGUAGUAGCGCAUCAGGUAGUGGGAUGCUGAGUGUAGGGAGGAAGGGCAGCUGUCGAGAGAUUUUGGCAGUGUGAUAGAGUGAAUAGAUGUGGUUUAUGUGGUAGUGAUGAAGUAGUGUCAAUAAGUUUUUAAGUGGUGACAGAAAAUUGGUAGUAUAUGUGGAGUUAGUAAGGUGGAAGAAGGACUGAUAUAAGGGUAUUGAAGGACAAGGAGACGUCGGUAGCGUUGGGUGACCAGUGGGGAGUUGGUAGUGUGUGAGAGGAUAGUGGGGUGAAGGAAAGGAGGAAGGGCAUGUGGGCUUAUAAGGGGACAAGGAACACUAGGUAGGUAGCAUUGGGUGAUCUGUGGGUGGUGAGUUAGUACCAAUGAGGCGAUGAGAUGGUAAGUGUGUGAGAGGGUACGUAGUGGGGUGAAGAUAGGAACAAGGGCAUGUGGGCUUAUAAGGGGACAAGGAGCAUAGGUAGGUAGCGUCGGGUUUAGCGUCACAACAGUGUUCACAAAGACUCCUGAUCAGUGAGGAGAGUGCCAUAACUGUAACCGUAGACAUGUGUGAGAAGAGGAGAGUCGCUCACAACCCUCGGCAGGCCUUAGCGUACUAACAUGUAUUUUAGCUUGUGUUACUCCACUGGUUUACAGGGGUGAAGAGGGGCUUAAGGUAUCUGGGCAUUAUGUAAGUGUAGAACAAGUGUACUUUUUUCUUAACUCAUAGGUAUAUAUAUGAAUUUGAAAGUACGGUAGUAUCUGAAAAUGCUCUUCUCUUUAUUGAAUAUGGAAUGGCGAGCUGAGAAUUCACGAAACAAGUUAACAUGAAAUUAUGGUAUAUACACAAUUUUUCUCGACAGGUAAAGGAAAGUUGAAGAAUUCCCAUGAACUUUUACCUCUGCUGCGUUCACAUUAAACAAGAUGAGUUGAAUCUUUUGAGUCAUGUAAAUUAUAGUCAUGUACAAUUUUGAAAGAGUCAAAUUUAUCACUAUUCUAUGUCAUAUAUCAGUGAGUGCAGGUAUGUUCUUUUACAGCCUUACCUUGUUGUCAUUGGUGGCGGAGGAGAAGAGAACAGUACUCAAGACCAGGAUUAUGACCUCAAACACUUUUUCCCAACUGUAGAUCACUAAAAUAACCUAUAAGAUUCCCUCUGCGUUAUGAUAGCAAACUCAAAAAUACUGACUUAAACCCCAUUCACACUGCCGACUCUGGGCCAUGACAAUGCGGCGAUUCGGGGUACACGAGGCCUUGGGUGUGAAAUAUUGAUGUGGAAGGGUCGCACAUGGUUGGAAAGAGGAAAGAGAUCGCCGGAUGCUGACUCGGCACAGUGUGAAGGGGGCCUGAAAAUCGCUGGGUUGUCGUGGUCCAGAGUUGGCACAGUGUGAACGGGGCUUUAGUGUGCGUGCAAGAGUGUCACCAUCUCAACCAUAUAUUCCCGUGUGUGCGUCUGUGUGUGUGCGUCCAUGUAUAAACCACCAUAGAGACACACACGCACGAGUUACUUAUUACGGAGAACGGAAGCGAAGGACAGAGAGCUCUUUCUUAGUGGGCCUUUGUCUGUUGUUGAAGAAGAGACCCCAGCAGGUUCACAGACACAUCACAAAAGCAAAAAUAAGUGUAAUAUAUCGACAUGAAUCAUUAUAUCGUUUACUUUAGCUCGUUUUGGUGUUUUUUGGAUUUUGCUUAUGUCCAGUCAAAAGUUCAUAUGUAGUCAAGUUUAUAUAUAUUGUUACACAGGAGCCAUUUAUGUAUGUGUGUAUGUAUGUAUGUAUAACCUUUCUGUACGCGCAACACUCACACAUAAACUGCCGGACGUGCGUAUGUAUCCAUGUGUGUAGCCGUCAUGCAACACAGCGCAACACAGUGAAGCACAAAGGUGGGCGUCAAGUGUUGUAUCGGGAAGUCCAGUGAUGAUUAGGAGGGAUGACAAUGUUUGGAUUGAUUUUUUAUUUUAUUUAUUUAUUUAUUUAUUUUUUUUUUUGUCUUCAUGCAGGAGAGAGUUUGAUUAGUGAGGAAAAAUAAACAUCAUAAGGUACUACUAUACAUCCUCUCUUAGUAUGUCAUCACCCUCCGAUUUUUUUUUUUUUUUUUUCUUCAUGCAGGAGAGUGUUUGAUCAGUGAGGAAAAGUAAACAUCAUAAGAUACAACUACACAUCCUCUCUUAGUAUAUCAUCACCCUCGUAAAAAAACCCGCCCAAGUCAUUGUUUUCUACUUAACACGGGAGAUCAGAAAAGAACUGUCACUAUCACUUGGCUUAAGAUCUACGCAGAAAUGAAAAGGUCAAUUCUAGAACACUGAAGCCCUGAAUGACGAAGGCAACUAUACCAAAAUGGGCGUCACAUGUUGGAAAAUUGACGUGGACAAAAACCUGGAAAUCGCUGAAAAAUGACAGGCGAAUAUUUUAUGAGGGUGACGAUAUAUGGGUGGCUGUGGAUGACGUGGGUGGACUACAAAGAUAUGACUGGCAUUUUCGGUCAUCACCUCCACCACCAUCAUGCUAACACACACCCAAGCUUCUCACUCAAAAAUUGGACUAUUAUGUUUUUGAACCCACAGCCCCAAACUGUUAUAUUUUUGAACCCACAGCCCCUAACUGUUAUAUUUUUGAACCCACAGCCCCUAACUGUUAUAUUUUUGAACCCACAGCCCCUAACUGUUAUAUUUUUGAACCCACAGCCCCUAACUGUUAUAUUUUUGAACCCACAGCCCCUAACUGUUAUAUUUUUGAACCCACAGCCCCUAACUGUUAUAUUUUUGAACCCACAGCCCCUAACUAAAAAAUUGUACUGUUUUAUUUUUGAACCCACAGCCCCUAACUCAAAAAUUGUACUGUUUUAUUUUUGAACCCACAGCUCCUAACUCAAAAACUGUACUAUGAUAUUUUUGAACCCACAGCCCCUAACUAAAAAAUUGUAUUGUUAUAUUUUUGAACCCACAGCCCCUAACUAAAAAAUUGUACUGUUUUAUUUUUGAACCCACAGCUCCUAACUCAAAAACUGUACUGUUAUAUUUUUGAACCCACAGCCCCUAACUCAAAAAUUGUACUGUUUUAUUUUUGAACCCACAGCUCCUAACUCAAAAACUGUACUAUGAUAUUUUUGAACCCACAGCCCCGAACUAAAAAAUUGUAUCAUUAUACUUUUUAACCCACAGCUCCUAACUCAAAAACUGUAUUAUGUUUACUUUUUAUACCAUGAAUAUUAGACUACUGCAGCUUUUCAUAGUAUAUCCUUUGUUAAGAAUAUGUAUUGCUUCUGAUCUUGAUGUAAGCCUGGUAAAAACCGGACCCAUGAUUAUGUUAAGUUGAAAUGUUGCACUGGAUUCAGGCAACACAAGAUUUUAUUAAGUUUUGAGUGCCACAUUCACAGUUCGCCAUGGUGGGUUAGUACGCCUCCAAACCAAUACCAAAUCUGGCGCCAUAUGACCAAUACAGUUGCGGCGCCAUGAUUUUAGUCCAGUCAAUCAACCAAAGACUUCAAAAAUUCCUUGUGUAGUGUUUGGUGUCCAUAUGCAACCCGGUAGCUGCGGGAUCAUGUUUCUCAAGGGCUCCUCUAAGCGAGAAAAUGAGAAAAAAUCAUCACUCACCCAAACCAUUUCAUAAUAUAUAGCAAUGCAUUUGUGAUCAGUUUAUGCACCAUCUAUUUUUUUGGGUUUAUAUCAUGGGAAAAAUUUGGCCCGUCGCUGGUACACUGUAAAGCCACAAAUUUGUCCCGUCGCUGGUACAUGGUAAAGCCACAAAUUUGGCCCGUCGCUGGUACAUGGUAAAGCCACAAAUUUGUCCCGUCGCUGGUACAUGGUAAAGCCACAAAUUUGGCCCGUCGCUGGUACAUGGUAAAGCCACAAAUUUGGCCCGUUGCUGUUACACUGUAAAGCCACAAAUUUGUCCCGUCGCUGGUACAUGGUAAAGCCACAAAUUUGGCCCGUCGCUGGUACACUGUAAAGCCACAAAUUUGUUCCGUCACUGGUACACUGUAAAGCCACAAAUUUGGCCCGUCGCUGUUACACUGUAAAGCCACAAAUUUGGCCCGUCGCUGCUACCGGGUUAAGUAAAGAAAUUUGAGGAAGCCACACGGGAAACCUCUUGUGUAUCUGGUGUUGCGCUGAAAACGUAACCAUUGCGGAGUGUAGAGGGUUGAAUAGUUUGGUUUGGGCGACUGCAAAGCCUCGUGUGUUGGACUGUGGAACUGGCUCUUCAAGGUCGGUAUUAUAAGACUUUCGCUUCUCACUUCAGCUAUUUCUAAAGGUCAAAGAGGGGGUCAGUUGGGUUCUAAUUGGUCUUUAGGUUUUGGUAUAGAAAAAGGCUCAAACUACCACCGGGGUAAUAAAACUACUACUGAAAAUGCCCACAACUCCUAUGAAAGCCUUGUCAAAUUUGUGUUCUUGGGCGGCGAAAUGUCUUAUAAAACAACCCCGAGACCCACACAGCGUCAUUGUUAGCCUUUAAGCCGACCUGUAUUCUCCAUAAUAGUUAGUUGCUCUUUCUAUUAAUUUACUUUUUCAUCUACUGUACCCUUUCUGUAUGAGCUGGAAUUUAAUGUCUGGUGGUGGUGGCGGCGGCGGUGGGGCGAGAGCAUUGGUUCCUGUGUUAGAUGAGUGAUGUGAUAUAAAGUUGCAAUACGCCAUAGUCUUUAUAAUAAGAAAACCCUUAUGUCCA